AUGGCCGCCGAAGGUGUGCUCUUUCAAUAUACGAUCCUUUUUAGUUUAGCCACCUUUUGCUCCCUAGCGAAUGAACCGAUCCGUGAACACGACGAAAUGAUCCGUCACAUUGUACUCGAGCCAUCCCACGUAGUAAAAAGACGCAGUAUUGACCAGCCAUUGCGGAUUUCACUGGAUUUUCUCGACAUCAACAAGUUAGAAAAUCCGACGAUCGUUAAGGAUAUUUUACGUGAAGCACAAGAGUACUUCAGAAAAACUUUGAAAGUCCGAAAGACAACAUCCAAGAUUCUUCUUCAAAGAAGUUGUUCUAACAAAUCUUUCUUCACGAGAAGCGCCGACGGAAAACGUCCUGGUAACGUUCGAUUUUGCCAUGAGGCGUGCAACUCUUCUAGAACCUUAUGUGGGCCGAUUGAUAUUCCAGAACACGAUUUAGAUCAGUGUAGAAUAUGUGAUCAAAAUGGCCAAAAUUGUCAGAACGACACACGUCCAGGUUUUACUGCCGGUGAAGGGCACAACGACACGGAUUUUAUACUUUACGUGACAGCAGUUGCCGAUAGUAAUUGCAACAGCAUAACAACACUAGCUUAUGGUUCUGCUUGCCAACAAGAAAGCGCCUUAGAUCGACCAGUUGUGGGAUUUAUCAACAUAUGCCCAGGAAAGGUCACCGCAGAUGAGCUUAGAACUAGCUACAGUGAGGUACUUGCCACGAUAAAACAUGAAAUAUUUCACGCUCUUGGGUUCGCACCAUCACUGUAUGCCUUUUACCGGAAUCAGAAUGGAGAUCCGCUGACUCCACGAUCAAGUAAUGGACUACCAACAACAGAUGAACGUGUUCUAAAACACUAUAAAUGGAGCAAAGAGGUAAUCCAUCAUGCAUGUCUCUAA